CAAGAACCAGUUCUCCGCCGAAGGGUCUCUAAAUGAAGGAUCAGAGCGCUGGAUUUUCAAGGACAAUCGAGAGAAUCGGCCUCUCUUGAGAAUUCACGCGGAUCUUUUACUUCAAAGUUGAAAACUAAUCUAGACACAGUGCUAAGGUGUCCAUAAUGACUCUGCUGCCUGCAUGGAUGGAUGGCUUGACGCCAGAGAUGGUUCGAAAAGCAGAAGAAGAACUGGGAGAAACAAUAGAAACCAGACUUCAAGCACUGAAAGACUUAAGGAGGCUCGUCCACAGUGAAUCUGAUUUUCGUCCUCGUCUCGAUGACGCUUUUUUGAUAAGGUUCCUCAGGGCUAGGAAAUUUAACCCUCAGAGAGCAUUCAACGCCCUACGCAACUACUACACAUUCAAAGUCAGGUACUCGGGCAUGCUGACAGACUUCAAGCCAUCCGAAGUCCAGAAGGUGAUGGAAAUGAACAAUCUAUUCGUGCUUCCGCGGAGAGAUCCUUCAGGAGCUGUUGUAGGACUACUAAGAGCUGGAUACUUCAACGUGGAGAAAGCUUCUCCUAAUGAUUUAAUCGCCGCCGUUUUAGUGUGUGCAGAACUCUGCCUUGAAGUGGAGGCUACUCAAGUGUGUGGUGCCGUGCUCAUCGUCGAUUUCGAAAAGUUCUCAUUCAAGCUCAUGAAGCAAUUCGCAUCCCCGGCACUGCUUUACCGAAUCAUUCGAUGUGUACAGGAUUGCGUACCUUGCCGGAUCAAAGCCUACCACAUGGUCAACGAGCCUUUCUACUUCAACUACAUUUUCAAUAUUGCCAAAACUCUCCUAUCUGAAAAGCUCAAGAAACGAAUACAUUUUCAUGGAAGUGAUCUGAAGUCAUUGCACAAGCUCGUUCCGCCUGAUGUCUUACCACAAGAAUUAGGAGGAACACUGGGCUCAAUGGACAACAAAGAAUUCCGCUGUCAACUUCUGAACCGGGAAUCGCAUUUCGAAAAGAUCAACAAAUACGGAUUUCAGGAGAAAAAAGCGCAGUUUAUACGGAAAAAAAGUUCAAGGGCACUUGGUUUAUUUUUUUGAUCAACUUUUUGAUUGAACUUUGAAAUCGAACGAUCAAGGUCUGAACGUUCAAACUUUUUAAAGCAAAUCCGUUGAUCGGAGAAAAGUGCUAACUGUAAAAGAGUGAAGAAGAAACAAAAAGAACCAAGUGCUUAGAGUAACGAAUAAGCGAAGAACAUUGUCUUGCAGAACAAAGUGAAGAGAAAGAAUACUUAACAUAUUGCUGUUUAGUACGGAACACACAUGGUAUGCUCGAAUAGAGCAACCGGUUAACCGGUGACUAACCAGGCGCGUUCUAUCUUACGUUUGAUGAGCACGUCAUUGCUGUCACGUGAUUAACCGGUUGGUUAAUAACGUGACAGCAAUGACGUCAGCGGUUACGAUCCGAUUGUUCACGAACCAAUGCUUCAUCGAACGCUUUCGGUUGAUCACCGGUUACUUGCGCAGACAUGGCGCAGACGAAUAACACGCUGGUGAAAAUUACUUAAUUGGUCAAAAAUGUCACGUGGUUCCCUCAACCAAUCAACCAGCUUAAAUUGCGGUUGACAGGUAGAUCAACCGGUGAGGCUCAUAGAACGACAUCGGAAGCAACCUGUUAACCCGUAGCUCGCAAGAACGCUGCGGUUAGCAAUCGGUUGCUCACCGGUCGACCGGUGAGGUUCGUCGAACGCUAGCUAAGUAGAGCUAUCGGUAAGCUGAUUGUAUAUGAAAACUUUCCAGGGACACCAACCGCUGACGUGAUAAAAUCAACCAACCGGUUAGCCAGUUGAUGUAUUCGAACAUAUCCACAGAUUACAGCACUUAAUAUGUGAAGUCUUAAGAGGUUUGUAGCGUGUAUCACGUGCCCUGGUAACUUAAUAUCAAGGAAAUAACUCCAGGAUGAUUUUUGUAACCAUUUUGAUUACCUGGUAAAUUUUCAUGAAUUUUACGAAUAACCCAAUCAAAAUUUGAUUCUGCAAUGCGCGUAGUAGCUGCAGAAUCAGACGCUGAUGAUAAAUAUAAAACGUUUUUGUGUUCACAACCCCAAAAUUUAUAGAGGGCGCUGCAGCCACUGUCUAAUGGCGGAUGAAAAAGGUAAAACAAACGCAUACCGUAACUUAUAACUUGCUUUGACGCUUAACGAAUGACAGUAAUUUUUCAUCGUAUUUAUGGGAAGCUAUCUUUUCUAUUCUUCUAAAAUUACAUUACACCAUAAACUGUCUGAAGCCUUAAUUUACCCCAAAGAAAACACGUGGAAUGAAAUGUUUUACCUUUAUCGGCAGUAUUGUUAAUAACCGCAAGGUAGCGUAUUCGAGCUCUGGAGUUGCGAAUAGCUUCAUAAAAACGUUUUUGUAUGUCUUCAUAAUAAUUUUCCACCAAAUCCCUUAACUUGAUACUAUGCCAAAAGUAAAGGGAUCAUUUUUUUCAUUACUGUUAUCAUUGCUAAUUCUUUAUUUGUAUUGGGAAGGUUAAUAGCUGCGUGUUGGACCUAUUUCUGAAGUGGCAGCCAUAUUCUGUAGCAGAAUUAAAAUGUACCAUAUGUCUCCUGUUAAAAAAAAGACGAAUUUCGUUGAAAUUAUUGCUAUAUUGAGUUACCACAAAACUGAUAUUUCAUAUACUGCUAUUGAAUAUUAGCUGUACGACGAUAGCCAAAUGUAAUAGCAAGAUGUUGGUUGUAUUAGCUUCAUCGUCAAUGACUACUGUCUACUAUUUAUUCAUUUCAUUGUGCAUAAUUCAAACCUUUUUUUUACGAAAAUUUUUUAGUUACUUCAGAAAAUUUUAUAUUCUUAAUGUGAUGCUUAAUAAAAAUUUCAAAGACCAAGAUUUUUGGAAAUAUCGUCUUUAAUAGAAAUAGUUUUGUAAAAUUCUUGCUUAAAAUUUUUAGUAAAUAUAAGGAUUUUUUGUAGCAGUAAACAGCAAUUGUCAGUAGGGGAAUGUGGAACAAAGUGAAAUAGUUAAGAUAGCUUACUUUUUUUUUUCAAAAUAAACAAAUUGAUUCUGAAAAUUACAGUAC